AUGCUAGUGCCUAUGCCCCAGCAUGCUCAUUCGCUCUUUCACGAGCUCUCUCACGCGCUCUUUCACGCGCUCUCUCACGCACUCUCUCACGCGCUCUCUUACGCGCUCUUUCACGCGCUCUAUCACGCACUCUCUCACGCGCUCUCUCGCGCGCUCUCUCACGCGCUCUCUCGCAUGCACUCUCAGGCACACUCUCACGCGCUCUCUCUCGCGCACUCUCACGCGCAUUCUCUCUCUCACGUGCUUUUCCACUCGCUCACUCACGCGCUCUCGCACGCGCUCUCUCAUGCACACUCUCACGCGCACUCUCACGCUCUCACACGCGCUCCCUCACGCGCUCUCUCACGCGCUCUCUCACGCGCACCCUCACGCGCACCCUUAUGCGCUCUCUCACGCGCUCUCUCAUCUCUCUCACGCUCUCACACGCGCUCUCUCACAUGCUCUCUCAUACGCAACCUCACGCGCUCUCUCACGCGCUCUCUCAUGCGCUCUCUCACGCGCUCUCUCACGGGCACCCUCAUGCGCUCUCUCACGCUCUCUCUCACGCGCUCUCUCACGCACUCUCUCACGCGCUCUCUCACGCUCUCACACGCGCUCUCUCACAUGCUCUCUCAUAAGCAACCUCACGCCUCUCUCACGCUCUCUCUCACACGCUCUCUCACAUGCUCUCUCACACACUCUCUAAUGCGCACCCUCACGCACUCUCAUGCGCUCUCUCUCAUGCACACCCUAACGCGCUCUCUCAUGCGCUCUCUCACGCGCUCUCUCACGCCCUCUCUCACGCGUUCUCUCGCGCGCUCCCUCGCACCCUCUCCCGCGCUCUCUCACACGCUCUCUAAUGCGCACCCUCACGCGCUCUCAUCCGCUCUCUCAUGCGCACCCUCACGCGCACCCUCACGCGCUCUCUCACGCGCACACUCACGCGCUCUCUCACGCGCUCUCUCACACGCACUCUCAGGCACACCCUCACGCGCAUCGCGCACUCUCACGCGCAUUCUCUCUCUCUCACGCACUCACUCACGCGCUCUCUCACGCGCUCUCUCACGCGCUCUCUCACGCACACUCUUACGCGCACUCUCACGCUCUAACAUGCGCUCUCUCAUGCAUUCUCUCACGCGCUUCUCUCACACGCUCACUCACGCGCACCUCACGUACACCCUCACGCGCUCUCUCACGAGCUCUCUCACGCUCUCUCACAUGCUCUCUCAUACGCAACCUCACGCACUUUCUCAUGCGCUCUCUCACGCGCUCUCUCACGGGCACCCUCACACGCUCUCUCACGCGCACUCUCACGCGCUCUCUCACGCACCUCUCACGCGCUCUCUCACGCUCUCACACGCGCUCUCUCACCUCUCUCACGCUCUCACACGCACUCUCUCACAUGCUCUCUCAUACGCAACCUCACGCCUCUCUCAUGCGCUCUCUCACGCGCUCUCUCGCACGCUCUCUAAUGUGCACCCUCGCGCGCUCUCAUGCGCUCUCUCAUGCGCACUCCAACGCGCUCUCUCAUGCUCUCUCUCACGCGUUCUCUCGCGCGCUCCCUCACGCCCUCUCCUGCGCUCUCUCACACGCUCUCUAAUGCGCACCCUCACGCGCUCUCAUGCGCUCUCUCAUGCGCACCCUCACGCGCUCCCUCACGCGCUCUCUCACGCGCUCUCUCACGCGCUCUCUCACGCCCUCUCUCACGCGUUCUCUCGCACGCUCUCUCGCGCGCUCUCUCGCACGCUCUCUCGCGCGCUCUCUCCUGCGCUCUCUCCUUCGCUCUCUCCUGCGCGUUCGCUCCCGUGCACACGCUCUCCCUCGCGCUUGGUCUCUCCCCUUCGUCAGAUGAAAGUGCAAUGCAAGAGGAGACCAAUUGACACAGGGCAAGAAACAGGGGAAAUUCAGAGGGGGAAGGAGGAUGAAAGGACCGGGAACGCACCUGAUAACCACGGUGCCUCAGAAAACAACCCGCGCUGGCGCACCUACCCGCGCUCCGCGCACCAACCCGCGCUUGCGCUCGUGCACCCGUCGCCGGAGGCGAUGGCGGGGAGGGAAGGAGAGGCGACGGCGGGGAGGGAAGGAGAGGCGACGGCGGGGAGGGAAGGAGAGGCGACGGCGGGGAGGGAAGGAGAGGCGACGGCGGGGAGGGAAGGAGAGGCGACGACAGGGAGGGAAGGAGAGGCGACGGGAAGGAGAGGCGACGGCAGGGAGAGAAGGAGAGGCGACGGCGGGGAGGAGGGAGAGGCGACGGCGGAGAGGAGGGAGAGGCGACGGCGGAGAGGAGGGAGAGGGGACGGCGGAGAGGAGGGAGAGGCGACGGCGGAGAGGAGGGAGAGGCGAUGGCGGGGAGGAGGGAGGGGCGACGGCGGGAGGAGGGAGAGGCGGCGGCGGGAGGAGGGAGAGGCGGCGGCGGGAGGAGGGAGAGGCGGCGGCGGGAUGGGAGGGAGCAGCGACGGCGGCUGGAAAGGAGGGAGGGGCGGUGGCGGGAUGGGAGGGAGCGGCUACGGCGGCUAG